AAAGAGUCAAGCCGCGUAACCGACAACUAAACCUCUUUGUUUUUCUUUUUUCUUUUCUAUUAAUUAAAAUUUCAUUCAGAGUAUCGAUCUGCUGUGACUUUGAUCCACAAUCUCUGUUUAAUUCUCAUAGUCUUCAUUCAAUUUUUUUUACAGGUUUAAACCCUCACUACUCCUGCUACUACUAGUAGCGAUCUAAUCAAGAGCCAAGAUAAUCCUUCGAUCGAAUUGAAAUUAUUAUCGAGAGAGAGAGAGAUAGAGAGAUGAACCAAGCGGGAGUGGUGAAGGUGGGUUUGGGAUUAAUGGGGCUCUGCUUGUUCGGAUAUUUACUGGGUCCUCCUCUCUAUUGGCAUUUCAAGGAAGCAUUAGCUGCAGUUAGCCAUUCUUCUUCUUCUUAUAACACUUGUUCUCCUUGUGUUUGUGAUUGCUCUUCUCAGCCUCUUCUUUCCAUUCCUCAAGGCUUAAGCAAUGCUUCCUUUGCAGAUUGUGCAAAGCAUGACCCAGGGGUCAGUGAAGAUACAGAAAAGAACUUUGCAGACCUACUGACAGAGGAAUUGAAGCUGCGGGAAGCCGAAGCUUUGGAGAAUCAGCGGCAUGCUGACAUGGCUCUGCUUGAGGCUAAGAAAAUGACAUCCCAGUAUCAAAAGGAAGCAGACAAAUGCAAUUCAGGUAUGGAAACCUGUGAAGAAGCAAGGGAAAAAUCUGAAGCUACAUUAGCAGCACAAAAGAAAUUGACGGCACUGUGGGAGUCGAGGGCUCGUCAAAGAGGAUGGAAAGAAGGGGCUGCAAGGUCUCAUGCCCAGUCUCAGGGAAAUGUCGAUUCCAUGUAGUAGAUCAAUUGUUGCCUCAUACAGUAAGGCUUACCCGUCUACACGGUCUCCUGCAAUAUACUAAAGUUCAAAGGUCUCAUAGCAUGGUAUUAAUCCGAUUUACUGCAAUUUAAUAUUCAAGUAUAAAUGCUGUUUUAAUGCUAGGAGCCUUUUAAAGCAAACGGCUGGUAGAAGGCCAAAUUUCUAUAAUUUCCUACUUUUUGUAGUGAUGCUCCAAAUGUAAAACACUUUUAAGUAAGAAAAGGUAUUUAUUUUAGUCA